CGCUGGUCGGCCUCCUCUCCUCACCCCCUCCCCUCGCAGACUCUGCCUAAUCUGAGCGGGUAGAACAGGGUGAAAGGAUGGGGGAGGGCACCGGGCAUCCGCCAGCACCUCUCCCUCUUUUUUGGCAGCACCCACCAGAGCCACAGAUCCAAUGCAUGCUGGAUGUGGGAAAAAAAGGAGGACUUCUUUCCUGAGUGAGUUGAAGUAGCGCUCAUGCUGAGGUUUUCACUCGCAGGGAUUCUAGCCCAACUAGAUUCAUUGCUAAUCCAGCAUAAGAAGAGCGUAGGCACAAAUUGCUGCCGGACUGAGCGGCAUGCGCUUGUUUUUUUGUUUUGUUUUGCCAUCAAGAGACUCAGGCCUGGUACUACCGCAGGCCUCUUUCAGGAUGUGACAGCGCCACCUUUGGAGGCAUUCUGAGACACAUUGUUUGAGGCUGGAAAUUCAUGGCCAAAUGUAGAGUUGCAGUGGCCGACCAGAAGCAGCUCACAGGCACAAUGUCGGCCAACCAGGGCAUGAACCGCCGUGGCGUCUACAACUACUUCCUCAACAUGGUGGCCUAUCAGAUCUGCUGCUGCUGUGGACCGGCUCCUUGCUCGCUCUGCUGUGCCUUCUGUCCUCCCGUCAAGUCGUCCACCAGCACGCGAAUCAUGUACACCCUCUUCCACAUCAUGAGCUGCGCCGUCUCCUGCCUCAUGUUGUCACGCACCGUCUCCGAGCUGGUCAGGGAAAAUGUGCCUUUCUUCAACGUGAUGUGUGACCAAGCACACGGCGGAGGUCACUGUGAGAUGCUCGUGGGCUACUCGGCAGUCUACAGAGUCUGCUUUGGCACUUCCUGUUUCUACCUGAUGAUGGCCAUCUUCCUCAUUGAUGUGAAGUCCAGUCAGGACUUCAGGGCGCUCAUACACAACGGUUUCUGGUUCCUGAAAUUGAUCACACUGCUGGGGAUGUGUGCUGCUGCCUUCUUCAUCCCAACUGAAUCCUUCCUGCACGCUUGGCAUUAUGUUGGCGUGGUGGGAGGAUUUGCCUUCAUCCUCAUCCAACUUAUCCUUAUCACGGCUUUUGCACACACCUGGAACAAAAACUGGCUUACCGGAGCAGCAGAAAAUAAACGUUGGUACUUGGCAGUGACGUGCGCCACCCUUUUCUUCUACACCAUCGCCACCAUGGCCUUCACCUUCAUGUAUAAGUACUACACGCACCCCAUUGCCUGCCAGUUCAACAAGGCCCUGCUGUGGAUCAACCUGGGACUCUGCAGCCUCAUGUCCUUCAUUGCUGUCACGCCGUGUGUGAAGCAAAAGCAGCCUCGAUCAGGGCUCCUCCAGGCCUCCAUUAUCAGCUGUUAUGUUAUGUACCUGACUUUUUCUGCACUGUCCAGUCGCCCUCCUGAGAAAGUUGUGUAUCAGGGCAUGAACAUGACUGUCUGCUACCCCAGCGUGGGACAAGAUGGCAUUCAGAAUGAGGGCAAUGCCGUGGCCAUCAUUGGAGCUGCAAUCAUGUACUGCUGUGUUCUCUUUGCAUGCAAUGAAGCCUCCUACCUUGCUGAGGUAUUUGGUCCCUUUUGGAUGAUCAAGGUUUACCGCUAUGAGUUCCAGAAAGCCACCUGCUGUUUCUGCUGCCCUGAGGAGGAAGAAGUUGAGGAAGAGUUUGUGGUUGACGACGACAACAACAAAGGGUGUCAGAAGGUCAUUCACAACGAGACCCAGAGGGUCGCUUACAGCUACUUCUUCUUCCAUUUUGUCUUCUUCCUGGCCUCACUCUACGUCAUGAUGACCCUCACCAACUGGUUCAGCUACGAGUCAGCGGUGCUGGAGACCACCUUCACCCACGGCAGCUGGUCUACUUUCUGGGUGAAGAUGUCGUCGUGCUGGGCUUGUGUGAUCCUCUACCUUUGGCUGCUGCUGGGCCCCUUGUGCAGCUGUCAAAACCAGUCCAGACCUCGACGCUCACGCAUUAAACGCCGCUCACCGUCCUCCCGUCACGUCAAUGUCAGCGUCUGACCAGAGAAGGGAGGAAGUUCACAAGUCUUUCUUUACCCUACAGGGGACAUUUUUUCCAUGGAUGGAAGAAGCCACGUGGGUGAUGGUGAAAGACUCACAUCGCAGUGAGAUGCUCUGAUGUUUUCUUGAAGACUGUAUGACUUGCCAAAGUGAUGAGAUGAACUGUACGGUGAUAGAAAUACAGCAAAUCAGUGGACACUUUUUUUUACUUUCUUAUAAUAACUAAAAAAAAACAUCUAGCUGUUAGAAGUGAACUUAAAAAAUAUACUUUUUGGAUGUGUCAAGAAGUCAUGUCCUGCUUGUUGUUAGUGAUAACAUGUUAUUAACCAUAAUUGUGAUGUUUACUUAGACCAAGGGUGUCCAAAGUGCAUUUCUGGCCUGUAGCUACUAUUUGAUUGGCACUCAAUAAAUGAAAGAUAAUAAAUAACAUUAAUUUUUAAUUAGAUACAUUGUUAGAUUUUACAAUAAUGUUAUUUUUACAUAAAACAUGGAUAGUUGAGCAUAUACAGGUAAAAGCCAGUAAAUUAGAA